UACGUCAAGGUCGACCAACCCCAUCUUAAGGAACCCGAACGCCGAUUAAAUGCCCUUGCACACAUUGUGUCUAAUUAUACAACCCGAGCACCAAUGAUUUUUCUCAUGUGUGGUUUAGCUCUAGCCUGGGCCAUCUUGUGACAAUAACGAGAGAAGCCAACGCUCAACAUGGUUCGAAGAGAGCCUCACAAGGCAGACAGAGUUGUCUUCGACUUAUUUCAAGUACAUUCGAUCAAUUUCAUACUUAUAUUAUUAUCUUGCCCUGUGAUCCUUUGUGUCACUUUCAUGCUCCGCGAAACAACUGCCGAAAGAGUUACUGUACAUAUAUCUCACCGCUUGCUGACAUAAUUCCACUCCACGAUCAACGUCGUGUUCAAGGCCUCAGUGAACAAGCAUUGACCACACGAAAAACUUCAGACCCGGCAGCCUCGAGCGUCAGGCCCAGAACAGCGAAGACCAACGAUCAGCGACUCGCAACUCCCGCUGACGCAUCAUCUAACUCAUCAGCAUCAGCUUGUACAACUGCACAGCCCUUUUCCGUGCGCAUCCGAGCUGGCGAACCAACCACCAGUCAACGGGGCUCACUCUGAACAGUCAACCCCUUGACUUAUCCACACAUCGUAAUUGUGGCCCCUUGCUUCACCAGUGUGCUCGUAAGUGCAUCCGACUUCACAAUUUUAUAUAUCCUCCACAGGCGUUAUACCACCAUCACCCUUCGCGAGAUAUACUAUCCCGGCGGCUGCCCGUGCCACCCCAAGGAGAAGAAGCCUGACAAGAAGGGCAAGCGAAAACAACAAGACACCGCCACUCCCACCAAUCAAUUCCGCAUCGAAGACUCUCUUGAUCUUCCGAUAUGGGUCGGUCACGCUCGCCCAACCCUGACUCAGCGGACGAACAGCCAGAGCAGCGGCAGCUCCAGCUCGAACAGCAGCACAUCAGGAGAUUCGAGAUCCUCAAAAGCGCGACCUUGGGACUCCUUUCUCCGCAGAACCUCCAGCUAGAAGCCGUCGAAGUCGAUUCUGAAGUGCAUGCACAGGAGCAAACCACGACUCGGCCAUGCUUCACCACCAGCUCUAUGAAAUGGUGGAAGCAGAAGAUAAUGCUCCCGCCGUCCUUCGACAUCUUUCCGUCCAAGCACGAUCCCAGUCAGGGAAAUAAAGUUUCAGGUCUGGUAACAGACCGGGAAAGUGCCGAGAAGCCAUAUCCUCUUGCCCACAUUCAGUAUCCAGGAUGGCAAGGCAUGACCCAGAUGACCAUCAAGAUGACAAUGUACAACAUAACUCGCGAAAUGCACUACGAGCACCGUAUCGACCCUGACGAGCCUCGAGCUCGCUGGACCGUGUCUCGGAUCGGCACCAAGCGCGAAUAUGUCAUGAAAUGCACCACCGAUUCCAAUUUGGGCGGAUUCAAAUGGCACUGCCUGACUACACCAGAGCUCACUUCGAUCCCGGCCCUGGACGACGGCCACCCCUGGGCUAACGGCAACAUUGUCUUGUCCGGCCCUGAUGGCAGUCUCAUUGCGGCUUACAAGCAGCGUCGGGAUUGGCAGGUUCUCGGGUCGCUGGUAAUCUUCACCGACACUUUACAUCGUGACGAUCACGAGACUAAACCCGUUCUCAACAUCGAGACCAUCACGGCGAGUUGUCUCGCCAUUGUUCUUUACGAAAGGGUUGGGUGGCAAAAUUUGCUUGGGAGUUGAGAUGUGAUUUGUGUGCCAUACGUGGCAUGUAACUGUAUACGUUGGGCAGGGUUGUUGUUGCCUCACGGCAGCAUCCCAUUUCUCCCCUCUCAUAUACGAGUCUCGAUCCCACCGCAAACGAUGUUGGGAAUUCCCUUGCGACGUUUUAGGAGUCAGAUUUUGAUUUGAGAUACCCCCUCCGAUUUUUACACAGCCUCAGGGCUGAUGUUUGAUAUGUGUAAGACUCCCUGCAGCUGGGAGUCGUUGAUCUUAGUCAGAUAGUUUUUGUACAAUCGAGAUGAAUGAUGAAUUUAUGGUCUCUCGGACGACAAAUCCUGUACACUUUGCC